UUGUCCAAGGAGGAGAUGGAAGUCAGACACCACGGAUCGCCGUACAAGCCAUUGGCCUUGCGAGAACACUUGCGCGCUCAACGCUUCCGGCUAUCGCACCACGACUUGCGCGCCUUCACUUCGUCAUGGCUUCCACUGCCGGUGUUUGUUGCGUACAGAAUACUCCUGGCGGUAUACCUUGCCGGGUUGACCGUCGCUCACAUCGUAGACCGCAGACACACGGACGGCGCUCGCUGGCUCAUCUUCAUCACAAACUGGAGUUUCCUUCUAUUCCUAGCAGCGACAACCCUGGCUGCGAUUAUGACUCUAAUCUUUACCAUGCAACCAUCUAAACUGGUAAAAAGUCGGAGACCUCGGGCUAACACUAAAAUUUCAAGUGAUACUAAGAAUUCUGAGCGUGCCCAAACCAACAAUAAUGGAGGAGAUGAUAUAAACUGGUUGUGA